AUGGGGUGGUCGGGGCCCACACUGCCCCCCCUCAAAAACGUUGCCCCAGGGCACGCCAAGCUCUGCAAAGCCCUGGACCUGCUGGCAGGAGUCGACCACCGCACGGCCCCUCAGGAGCUCCAACAGGGCUGCCAGGGCCGCGCGGGCGCCACGGGUGGAUUGCGGGGGGGCGAAAGCAGCGGCAGCGGAAGCGAUAGUGACGAUGAGGACGAUGUGGCUAGCAGUAGUUGCAAGACUGCAGCCCCUCCCCGGCAGGGGGAGCAGUUUAGUCCGAGUGAGGCCGUAGAGGAUAGUCAAGGGAACGCGGCGAUUGGAGAUUCAGCUGAGUUGAAUGAGGGGGAGCCUAUGGUAGUUGGCGCAGUACCUGAGGCACCUGAGGAGGAACCCACGGCUACCGGUGGUGCAGCCGAUUCCGCCAAAGGGAAGCCUAAGACUACCAGCGGGACCACUAAGGGGAAACCUAAAGCUGUCGAAUUUGGUUUGAGAAUUCACAUUCCCUUCAUAACGGCGGCGGAAUGGCGACGGGAAAGCUGCGCGAGACAAGGAGGUGACCAACCACCAACUACCUGCCCAAAGAGCGCAAGUAAGCGCAGGACGGCACACGGAAGCAACCGCAUAUCCGUCUCCGCCCCCGCGCGCCCGCGACCGCCACAACCCCACGGCGAGGCCUCGGCUGCCGCGGCCACGCCGCCGCUGGCCCCCGUGCCCGCACACGCGUCAACGCCCCUGUGCAGGAUCUGCCCGUACUAUACUACGACGUCACCAUCUAGUGCACCGUCAAACUGCAUCCGUUCAAAGUCCCAGACCGCUGUCGCAGCUGUUUCUGCGAUAAACCGCCGCGCCAAAAGCUGA